AUGGCUUCCCUAGUACAGUGGGCACUGAAACUGCCAGGAAUUGCUUCAGCACAUAAUGAGCUUGUCUGCAGCACAUGGGGAAAUUUCCAUUUCUUGACCUUUGAUGGAGACAUGUUCCAACUCCCGUCCACAUGUAAUCACAUCCUGACGUCACAGUGUGGAGGCAGCUAUGAAGAAUUUAACAUUCAGAUGAGACGGGAGAUUGUGAAUGGCGAACCCACAAUUAGUAAAAUCACCCUGAAGCUGGAAGGCACAGUGGUGGAGCUCGUUAAACACUUAAUCAGCGUCAACGGCCAACCGGUCAAUGCACCAUUUGCCAGUGGUGGAGUUCAUAUUGAAGUGCUCAGCUCUUAUAUCUCCAUCAAAUCCACAUUGGGGCUAACAGCUCUGUGGAAUGAAGAUGAUGCCUUCAUGAUUGAAUUAGGUUCAAAAUACAAAAAUCAGACUUGUGGGCUUUGUGGUGACUUCAAUGGCAUCCCGGGUUACAAUGAAAUGAUCAAGAAUGGUGUGCUGCUCUCGCCUUCUGAUUAUGGAAAUCUCUGGAAGAUGGAUGGACCCACAGAAACAUGCGAGGACAAACCUGUAGAAGAAUAUAAGAACUGUGGAGAUGAGAAUUUCUGCCAUCAGCUGUUCGUCAGGAAGGAGUUCAGCAGCUGCAAUUCUCUGGUGUCAGUCAAUAUGUUUGUGCAAGCAUGUUUGGAGGAUCUCUGCCAGUGUAACACAACAACAAACUCUUCUUGCUUGUGUAAAACUGUAGCAGAAUUUUCGCACCAGUGCGUGCACGCAGGAGGGAAACCAGAAAACUGGAGGACUGACUCAUUCUGCCCCAAGUCCUGCCCAUAUACCAUGGAGUACACAGAGUGUGGCAGUCCAUGUAUCAAUACCUGCUCGAACCCUGAGAGAGGAGAAGUGUGUGAAGAACACUGCAUUGAUGGAUGCUUCUGUCCUCCAGGCACUGUGUGGGAUGAUGUCACAAACUCCAGCUGUAUUCCACUGAGUUCAUGCUCCUGUAUUCAUGGAGGACAAUUUUAUAAGUCUGGAGAAAGUUACACAGCUAGUUGCAGAGAAUGCACCUGCUCAGGAGGUCAGUGGAUAUGUGAGUAUAAAGACUGCCCUGGUACUUGCUCAGUUUUAGGAGGAUCACACUUCAUAACAUUUGAUGAAAAACCCUACACGUUUCACGGGGACUGUUCGUAUGUUCUUGCAAAGGAGUGCACCGGCACCGCUUUCACCAUUCUGGGUGAUCUGGUGAAAUGCGGACUGUCAGACACUGAGACCUGCCUGAAAACAGUCACCCUUGCAUUAUCACAAGGCACUAAGCUGAUCCGAGUGGACUCGAAUGGGAAUGUUGACGUAGACAAGAUUUACACACAGCUUCCACUUUUUACAGCUGAAGUGAGCAUCUUCAAGCCAUCAUCAUUCUACAUUGUCAUCAGGGCCAUCAACUCUAACCUUCUUCUGGAGAUCCAGCUCGUUCCCAUCAUGCAGGUCUUCAUCAAGGUGGAUCCAGUUUUUCAAGGACAAACAUGUGGGCUUUGUGGCAAUUUCAACAACAUUCAGGUGGAUGAUUUCACCACAGCUGGUGGACUUAAGGAAGGAACGGCUGUGGAUUUUGCCAACACCUGGAAGACCAGAGCAAGCUGCUCAGACAUCCAGAGAACCUUUGAGAACCCGUGCAGUCUGAGCACUGAAAAUGAGAAAUAUGCACAGCACUGGUGUUCCCUGCUUUCGGAUCCUUUGGGGAGUUUUGCCCGCUGCCAUUCAGAAAUCAGCCCUGACACCUACAAAAUGAACUGUAUAUAUGACACGUGUAAUUGUGAGAAGUCAGAGGACUGCAUGUGUGCUGCACUGUCUUCAUACGUACAUGCAUGUGCUGCUAAAGGGAUUGUUCUCAGUGGCUGGAGAGAUGCUGCUUGCCAUAACUACACACUGUGCCCCAGCUCCUUAGUUUACUCCUAUGACAUGACCAGCUGUCAUCGUACAUGUCGCUUCAUUGGGCAGAAUGACUACACCUGCAGCAUCAACAUUACACCAGUGGAUGGCUGCGGGUGUGAAUCGGGGACCUACAUGAACGAAAAUGGAAUCUGUGUUAUGGACAGCAGCUGCCCAUGUUAUGAUUCUAACUCCAUCAUUCAGCCCGGCGAGGUCAUUAGCAAAGAUGGUACCACAUGCACAUGUAAGAAAGGCAAACUGAGCUGCUUCGGUGCGCCAUUUUUUACUUUAGAAUGUUCUGAGCCAAUGACAUUCUUCAACUGCUCCAGCGCUGUUCCUGGAAGCACUGGCUCUGAAUGUCAGAAAAGCUGCCAAACACUGGACAUGGCCUGUAUCAGCACAGAAUGCGUGUCUGGCUGUGUGUGUCCCACUGGCCUGGUGUCCGAUGGAAACGGUGGUUGUAUUUCUGAAGACCUUUGUCCAUGUGUCCAUAAUGGACUGAAUUAUCUACCUGGGGAGAGCGUUCAAGAUGGCUGUAACACAUGCACAUGCAAGGACAGACGAUGGCAGUGUACCACAGAACAGUGCAGGGGAACAUGCAGCAUCUAUGGAGACGGACAUUAUAUAACCUUCGAUGAAAAACGAUAUGUGUUUAGUGGAAACUGUGAAUAUGCCCUUGCUCAGGACUUCUGUAGUGGCAGUAGCACCAAUGGCACUUUCAGGAUCAUCACUGAAAACAUUCCCUGUGGAACAACCGGCACCACCUGCUCCAAAGCCAUCAAACUCUUCAUAGGAAGCAAUGAGCUGAUCCUCUCAGAUGGAACGUACCAAGUGGUACAGAGAAGCAAUGGAGAUGAAAUCCCAUAUCAGAUCCGCACGAUGGGAAACUACUUGGUGAUUGAGACCUAUAACAGCAUCAUGCUCAUAUGGGACAGAAAAACUACAAUAUACAUUGUGCUCAGUCCUGAAUUUAGUGGAAAUGUGUGCGGUUUGUGUGGAAACUUUGAUGGCAAUGCCAACAAUGACUUCACCACAAGAAGUCAAGAAGUUGUCACUGACCCUCUCAACUUUGGAAACAGCUGGAAAGUGUCUCCCACCUGUCCUGAGGCACUGGCCAUUCAAGAACCAUGUGCUAAUAAUCCAUACAGGGAGGCAUGGGCACAGAAACAGUGCAGCAUCAUAAAUAGUGAUACUUUUGCCACCUGCCAUUCGCAGGUGGAACCAUCUUCAUAUUAUUCUGCAUGUGUGAGUGAUGCAUGUGCUUGUGACAGUGGAGGAGAUUGUGAGUGUUUCUGUACUGCUGUAGCAGCCUAUGCUAAGGCCUGUAGUGCUGCUGGAGUGUGUAUUCCUUGGAGAAGCCCAAAAAUUUGCCCAUUGUUCUGUGAUUACUACAACCCACCUGGUGAGUGUGAGUGGCACUACAAGCCUUGUGGUCACACAUGUUUGAAGACUUGCAGGAACCCCACAGGAAACUGCACAGUGCAAACCCCAGGACUGGAAGGUUGCUAUCCUGAAUGCCCAAGUGAUCUCCCUUUUUUUGAUGAGGACAGCAUGAAGUGUGUGGCACAGGAUCAGUGUGGCUGCUAUGCUGAAAUGCUACAUUAUGAGAUUGGCCAAUCUGUCCCUAAUAACAUCAACUGUCAGAUAUGUUGCCCCAACAUUACCAACAUCAUCACUGACUACAACACCAAAACCUACAACUGUAUUUGUUUUUAUCACACCAGAAGUGACAACCAAUCAGGUCCAUACAACUCCUUCCAAAGAGACCACAAGUGCAGCAGAAACAACAAAACUGAUGACAACAGCUUCUACAAAGACAGCAACCUUGCCGACAGAAAUAACAAGCACUCAAAUGUUGGAAACUACAAGUGCCAAAGAAUCCACUAUUUCCCCAGAAACAACAACAUUGCCAAGUACAACACUUCCUGUUACUUCUACCAGAGCCACACAACCACACAAGUAUCAACUACAAGGCCAUUGACAGAGUCCACCAUAUCACCAGAAACAACAACACAAACUAGCAAACCAGUUGUAAAGGUAACAACAGUGGUUACAGAAGUGACAACGACUCAUGUCCCUCCAACUCCUUCCAAAGAGACCACAAGUGCUACAGAAACAACAAAACUAACCACGACAGCUGCUCCAAAGACAACAACCUUGCCAACAGAAAUAACAACCACUCAUCUUACUACAGCUACACACGUAACAACUACUCGGCCAUCGACAGAGUCCACCAUAUCACCAGAAAUAACAAAGCUAACUAGCAAACCAGUUGUAAAGGUAACAACAGUGAUUCCAGAAGUGACAACGACUCUUGUCCCUACAACUCCUUCCAAAGAGACCACAAAAAUGUCAACCACUCAGGUCCCUACAAGUCCUUCCAAAGAGACCACACCUGCAGCAGAAACAACAAAACUGACCACGACAGUUGCUCCAAAGACAACAACCUUGCCAACAGAAAUAACAACCACUCAAGAGUCUACUUCUAAGGAAACCACUAUUUCUCAAGAAACAACAACAUUGCCAAUUACAACAAUUCCUGUUACGACUACUACAGCCACACAAGUAACAACUACAAGUCCAUCGACAAAGUCCACCAUAUCACCAGAAAUAACAACCACUCAGCGGUUGGAAACUUCUACUUUUAAGGAAACCACUAUUUCCCCAGAAACAACAACAUUGCCAAUUACAACACUUCCUGUUACGACUACCACAGCCACACAAGUAACAACUACACGGCCUUCCACAGAGUCCACUAUAUCACCAGAAAUAACACUAACUAGCAAACCAGUUGUAAAGCUAACAACAGUGAUUCCAGAAGUGACAACCACUCAGCUCCCUACAAGUCCUUCCAAAGAGACCACAAGUGCACCAGAAACAACAAAACUGACCUCGACAGCUGCUCCAAAGACAACAACCUUGCCAAUAGAAAUAACAACCACUCAGCCUUUGGAAACUUCUACUUCUAUGGAAACCACUAUUUCCCCAGAAACAACAGCAGCAACAACAGCAAUUGCUCCAAUCACAAAGACACCUAGCACACUUACUGUACAUUUCAAAUUUUACUUCAUUCCAAAUGUCUUGUAUUCUUUAGGGACCAUCAUUUACAAUGUAACUGAUGGCUUUGGGUGGUGUUUUAUUGCAUACUGCAAUGCUACUUGUGAUGUUGAGACAAAAUCAUACUCCUGUUUGACAACACCACCUCCAAUUACCACUGCAACCAUAACUCCAACAAGUAUUUCCACUGUUACAACACCUCCUACAACUACAACCCCAGACUGUGCCAGUGUUAACCCACCAAGAAAGGAUGGGGAGUCCUGGAACGUGGAUAACUGCACCACUGCAACAUGUAUAAAUGGCUCAGUCAUCUACGAACCAUACAAGUGCAGCCCAGCUGAACAGAUAAACUGUGUAAAUGGCCGAACACCCAUUAAGGUUUAUGAUGAGACUGGCUGCUGCUUCAAGUAUGAAUGUGAAUGCUUUUGUAGUGGAUGGAGUGGCUCUCAUUAUGUCACAUUUGAUGGAACAGCCUAUACCUUCAGUGGUAACUGUUCAUACAUUCUGGUUCAAGAAAUUUACAAUACAAGUCUGAAAAUCAUCCUUGACAAGGAAGCAUGCAGCAGUGGGAGCUCAUUCUGCCCACAGAGCCUGAUAAUUACAUACAAUUCCCAGGAUGUUAUUCUGACCCAGACAAUGACUUCAAAUGGUGCAACCAAUGUGGUGAUGGUGAACAACAAACAAGUUUAUCCUGUUUUCAAAAAUGUGAAUUUCAUAAUCACAAGCACAGGCAUGGAGGUCACAGUGUUGAUUCCAGAGAUUCAUGCUCAAGUGACCUACACAGGCACCACAUUUAACAUUGACUUACCCUUCUCCAAGUUUCAGAACAAUACAGAAGGCCUAUGCGGGACCUGUGAUAACAGUCAAACAAAUGACUGCAUGUCACCCUCUGGUCAAAUUGAAUCCUGUGAGCAUACUGCACCAAAAUGGCAGGUUCCUGAUAAGACGUGCAUUACACCCACCACUCUCCCUCCACUUACCCCCUCCAGUACACCCUACCCGUGCCAGCCAGCCAUUUGUGAGCUCUUUAACAGCAGUGUGUUUGAGGAGUGCCAUAGCAUCAUUCCUUUAGAGCCAUACAUGAAAAGUUGCAAACAGGAUGUGUGCUCUGGAAAGCCUAGUUGUGCAAGUCUGCAGGCUUAUGCAUCUGCAUGCACUAAGGCAGGAAUUUGCAUGAACUGGAGGAACUACACUAAUGGAGAAUGUGAGGUUAAAUGUCCUCCCACUAAAGUCUACAAAGCAUGUGGCCCCGCUGUGCAACCAACCUGCAAUUCUCAGUAUAAUAACAACUACCAGGAGAUGAUGGAAUCUGGAAGCACAGACAUGCAGGAGGGAUGUUUCUGUAUGAAUGGCACCAUCCUGUUCAGCACAUACUCAGAUGUCUGCGUUACAACCUGUGCUUGCACGGGCCCUGAUGGUAGUCCCAAAAUGCCGAAUGAAACAUGGCAAAUUGGCUGCCAAAUGUGUGAGUGUGAUGGUGAAAGCUUGAGCAUACAGUGUCACCCAGUCAUCUGUCCAACCAUGAUCAUGCCCACUUGCAAUCAACCUGGAGAAGUGCUCAUGAACAAAACAGAUGGCUGCUGCGAGAGCUACGAAUGUCAAUGCGAUCCAAGUCAGUGUGUCAUGACCACUGUGGGCUGCCCUCUGGGUUUCACACAAGAGACGGUUUCAAUAUCAGGAGUUUGCUGUCCUACAUACACCUGCAAACCCAUGAAAGUCUGUGUGCAGAAUGGAACAGUAUAUCAGCCAGGCUCCCCCAUGCCCAGUGAUAAUGUGUGUGAGGACUGCAAAUGUGGCUCAGUUGUGGAUCCCAACACUGAACUACUGACUCCAGCAUGCACGCCAAAAGAGUGUAAUCUCACAUGUGGCAAGGGUUAUGAGUAUAAACCUGUCCUUGGCAAAUGCUGUGGAGAGUGUGUAAGGACGAGUUGUGUGGUCGCGAUUAAUAAUAUCACAGAGACCAUCCCAAUCAACGGAACAUUUUCCCCACCUGAUGAUAACUGUGUGAAAUACACCUGCCAGGAUGUCAACGGUGAUCCCAUGGUAAAGGAAAGCAAGAAAAUAUGUCCAGUUUUCAAUCCAGAAAACUGUGUCCCGGGAACAGAGACAACUGAUGCUGAUGGUUGCUGCAUGAGCUGUACUCCACAGAGCAACUGUAACAUCCAUACAAACACCACUGUGCUGGUUCACAAUGGCUGCAAAAGCAUAACUCCGGUGGCAAUCACUUCCUGCUCAGGAACUUGUGGCACUUCCUCAGUGUACUCUUCAGAGUCUGACACUCUGGUACACACAUGCUCUUGCUGUCAGGAGGACGAAACCAGUGACAAGCAAGUGGAGAUGAUUUGCCCUGAUGGAUCAAAGAUCACAUACACCUACAUUUACAUCGACUCGUGUGAAUGCGAGGAAUCUGACUGCACAGAAACAGACAGACGCCGAAGGAGACGUUGAAUUUUGAACCACUCCUGAGACAGAAUUUCAAAAAUCACAGUAAUCUAGUAAAAAAAAAUCAGAAAAAUCACAGUAAUCUCGUAG